AUGGCGCGCAGAGUCGAGGGCGCGCUGCAGACGGGCUACGCAGGCUACGCUGUGUGCGGCAAUCUUCUAGAAGGCUUCGAAGCGGGCUUCGGGCGGGCAGAGUUGUGGGGGCUUGGGACCAGCAGUGCCAGUGGAUGCGCGCUCGAGGUGCAACCUCUGCCCCAAGACGACACCAGCGCCCAGCACCAGCUUAGCCCGAACCUCACAGCGACUGCACCCGCGCACCGCAAACCCCAUCGCGACUCUCAAGCCCUGAUGCUGCUCCGACUGCAGCCAAUUCUGCGACCCCCUGUGCCUGUAUCUGCCCUCUCGCCGUCUCUGGCACCAGCAACCACACGCCCGCUGCAGUCGUCUGGUCUCGUCUCAGACACCUGCCGCGCGCCCAGCAUUCCGACUACAAUCGAUUGCGCCGCUAUUGCUGUUGCUGCUGUUGCUGCUGUUGCUGCUGUUGCUGCUGUUGCUGCUGUUGCUGCUGUUGUUGCUGCUGCUUCUACUCUGCGCUGCCCCCAUCCCGCUGCACACGAGACGCAGCCACCCGUCUAG